UUAUAUACAAGUCCCACGUUAUAUAAUUAUAUAUUCUCCUAGUAAACAUUUAAACCUUUGUCACCACUCUAGCUAGUUUAACCUAAUGAAGAAUCCACAUCUUGUAUUUGUACCGUCGUGGGGCGCCGGUCAUCUUACAUCAGCGGUAGAGGCAGCAAAGCUUCUCCUCGCCGGAGACGACCGUCUCUCCAUCACUGUCCUCAUAAUGAAACUUACAGACAAGAAUGCCCCCAAGCUCAUUGAUCCUCUCCCAUCAACUCCUCUCCAAUUUAUAAACCUACCCGCUCAAGACUCAGAAUCCAUGGGUAUGAAUUUAAUUGAGAAAUUUAAACCCGAUAUCAAAGAAGCUGUCUCGGAGCUGACCGCUUCUCAAAACGACGGCGCAUCGCUCGCCGGGUUUGUUCUCGAUAUGUUUUGUACGCCUGUAAUGGACGUGGCUAACGAGUUCGGCGUUCCGUCGUACAUGUUCUUCACUUCCGGCGCUUCAUUUCUUGGGUUCAUGUUUCAUCUUCAGCUUCUUCACGAUGAACAUCAACUGAAUCCAACUGAGUUAAAAACCUCCGACGACGCUGAGUUCGAGUUUCCAUGCGUUGUUAACUCGCUUCCGGUUAGGGUUUUUCCUGGCGUGGUGCUUGAGAAAGAAUGGUGCUCGAACUUUCUAAAGAUAUGUAGAGAUUUUAGAGAAGCUAAGGGUAUUAUGGUCAAUACGUUCAUGGAGCUAGAAUCCCAUGCGGUUAAUUAUCUUUCUGAUGCCAAAACUAAAGCUCCUCCUGUGUAUCCUGUGGGACCCAUCUUGAACAAGAGUGGUGAUGCUGACGUGUCAAAAUCAGAUGGAAGGAAAGAGAUUAUGAAAUGGCUUGAUGAUCAACCUGCAAAAUCAGUCGUGUUCCUCUGCUUUGGGAGCAUGGGAAGUCUCGGUGAGGAUCAAGCGAGGGAGAUUGCAUCAGCACUAGAAACGAGUGGACACCGAUUCUUGUGGUCCCUACGGAAAUCUUCAUCAACGGCUAGGAUGUCACCUCCUGUGGAUUAUGAGAAUCUAGACGAAGUUUUACCCGAAGGAUUCUUGGAACGAACGGCUGGGAUUGGAAAGAUAAUUGGAUGGGCUCCACAAGUGGCUGUGUUGGCCCACCCAGCAGUAGGAUGUUUUGUUUCACAUUGUGGGUGGAAUUCUACACUGGAGAGCAUAUGGUACGGUGUACCCAUUGCCACGUGGCCGAUGUACGCAGAGCAACAGUUUAAUGCAUUUCUUCUUGUGAAAGAGCUGGGAUUGGCUGUGGAAAUUACCAUGGAUUAUAGAAAGGAUAAUCCGGUAAUUGUAAGAGCUGAGGAUAUAGAGAGAGGAAUCAGGUGUGCUAUGGAACAUGAUAGUGAAGUGAGAAUGAAGGUCAAAGAAAUGAGUGAACGGAGUAGAAAAGUAUUGAUGGAUGGUGGAUCUUCACUCUCUUCGUUAAACCGUUUGAUUGAAGAUGUCAUACACAAUAUGCCAUGAACAGAAAUUGGCAAAAUACUAAUUUGGAUACAUGUAUUAUCAAACUUUUUAUAAUUGGAUUCCUCCAUUUUUAUUUAUCA